CUCAUACACUGCUUUAACAACAAACAUCACAUUUUGGGCUAAAAAUAUCUCCAGUUGUUCUUUUGGUUUUUCUUCUUCUUUUCUUUCCAACUUUAUCCAUUCUAGUGAUCCUACUCCCCCAUUUUUGUGCUCAAAGAAACAUCGGAUUUUGUGCAAAGUAAAUUCCAUGUUUACUUGUUUUUUAUAUAUCUGUUGUUUUUGAAAAUCCAUUUGGAUUGUAGUGGUUAAAAAAUCAGGGAAAGAGGGAGAAGAUGUUAUAAUUUACAAGACAAGCUAGAGCAGUCAUACAAAACGUAUUGUCACUCCUUACUAGGUUCUCUACUUCUGCAGUUCUGCUGUUGCUUAUUUAAUUGUUUGUCCAGUUUUGUUGUGUGGGUAUAGGUGUCUUGCCAUAUAUGGAUAUGGAUAAUCAACAUAGAAGAUUGUCUGACUCCAAUGUACACAAACUUGAGUUGGAGAAUGAGAUCAUCUUUUCUGCCAUUAAACAAUCAGCAGACAUUCCAGAGAGCUAUAAUAGUGCCCUUUCAAUUGCAAAACCUCCUAACCAUGCUCUUUCUAUGGACUCUGAUCGCGUGAUGAAGUACCUCAACCACAUACUACUGGAGGACGACAUUGAUGAUGAGAACAACCAUGACUCCUUCUGUGAUCCCGUUGCACUUAGAGCUGCAGAGAGUUCUCUUUACGAAGCCAUGCAUGAUAAGCAUUCCUCACAUUUUGAAACCUCAGUCGGGAGCCUCAAGUAUGGUGAUGAUUGUACUGAUCUCCAUCCACGAAAAUCAUUUGUGGCAAGUGAUUCAUCAAAUCUCUCCAUCCAGCCAUCAUCAUGUCAGACUGACUCUGAUGGGCUAAACCCUUACUUAUAUGACAUCAAUAGUGCACUGAUUUCUCGAAUGGACGCUUACCUAAGUUCUGCAGAUUCAAUUCCCAAUAAAUUUUGUGAUGUUGGAGAUGAGACCAUCUUGCAUUUCAAGAGAGGUGUGGAGGAAGCUAGUAAUUUCUUACCUGCAGGGGGUCGGUUGGUUAUCAAAUUCGAUAAUUACCCAUUACCUCCAGAGGCCGAGGAAUUGACCAGAGGUGUUGCUGUCAAUAUAGAGGAGCAUACAGCUGAUUCACGCAGAGGAAGGAAACAUUACUGUUCAAAUGAAAAUGUCCUAGAAGAAAGAAGCAGGAAGCACGCUGCAGUUCAUAAUGAGGAUGCAGUUAAGCUAUCCGAGGUGUUUGAUAAGGUUUUUCUGUGUACUGAUGAUGAUGAUGAUUCUCCCUGUGGAGUCAGCCACACUCAACAACAAAGAGGGCGAAGUGGCCCCAAGAGCUAUUCAAAGAAGCAAGGUCAAGUUGUGGAUCUCUCGGCUCUUUUAACCCGCUGCGCAAAAUAUGUUGCUGUUGGUGAUUAUAGGGCUGCAAUAGAUGAAUUGAAGAAAAUCGGGAAGCAUUCUUCGCCUACGGGGGAUGCAAGCCAAAGGCUGGCUCAUGCAUUUGCUGAUGCUCUUGAGGCACGGUUGACAGGAUGUGGGACACAACUAUAUGUUCCAUCAUUUCGUAAUACCAUCUCAGUUUCCGGGUUGAUAAAAUCCCACAUGUCAUCAUCUUUGCCAUUUAUGAGAUUAAUAUAUUUGUUUUCAAAUCAAAUGAUUUACGAAGCAGCAUCAAGAGGCUCAUCACUGCAUGUUAUAGACUUUGGUAUUCUUCAUGGUAUGCAGUGGCCCACUCUUAUUCGGGAUCUUUCACGAAGGCCCGGUGCCCCCCAAGACUUCGAAUAACAGGGAUUGAGCUUCCCCAACCUGGUUUCCGUCCAUCACAAAUGGUAGUGGAUACAGGUCUUCGCUUGAGAAAAUUUUGCAAGCGUUUCGGUGUACCAUUCGAGUACAAUGCCAUUACAACACAACAUUGGGAGGCCAUUAAGAUUGAUGAAUUGAAACUUGCAAGUGGUGAGGUGGUUGCUGUUAACUGUGUUGUCCGAUUCAAACACCUAUUGGAUGAGGCAGCAUUUGGUGAGCCCAGUCCCAGGGAUGCAGUUUUAAACUUAAUACGGGAAGUGAAUCCUCAUAUUUUUGUGCAUACUGUGCAUAGUGCAUCUCACAGCUCUCCUUUGUUUCUCACUCGGUUUCGAGAGGCUCUCAACUUAUACUCCGCUUUCUAUGAUUCGUUCGAUGCACUUUUCCCUCGCGAUGAUAAUCAAAGAUUGGAUUUCGAACAAGAAUAUAUGGUGCACGAAAUAAGGAAUAUCAUAGCAUGUGAAGGAAUGGAAAGAAUAGAGAGGCCUGAAACAUACAAGCAGUGGCAAGCUCGCUCUAUGAGGGCUGGGUUGGAGCCUGUGCCCUUAAACCCUCAAGUUGUGGGGAAUUUAAUAGGCAAAGCCAGAACAUCAUAUCACAAGGACUUUCUGUUUGCUGAAGACGGUCAUUGGGUACUGCAGGGGAUGAAAGGUCGGAUAGUUUCCGCCAGUUCUUGCUGGGUAGCUGCAAAAAGUGUCAAUAAUAAGCGCUUAUAGUGUUGGAGUAUAGUAUUUCAGAAACUCUACAUAACAUUUUGAGCCAUUACCGUUUGGUGUUUCUUGUGUUUCCAUGUCUGCACAACAUAACUAGCAAGCCUUUUCAAGUUUUUGAAGCGUUAAAUUGUUGUAAUAUAGCUGGUUUCUUGUGUUUCUAUGUAUUCUCAAGACUUUUUUUUUGAAGAACAGUCAUAUGUUAAUGUUUUUAUAUAGGGUUAGGGUAUAAUGCUGUAUGAUGAAUAAUUAUGUCGCAUGACAAUAAUUACAUUAAAUAAUUAUGUUGAUUUAC